AUGAGGUUCGAACGCACAGAAGUUCAGGAGGUUCUGAAGCAGUUUAUUAUAAGCAACGAUGAUUUGCAUAUCAUCAGUUCAAAAAUUGAAGCCGAAAUGAAGGCGGGUCUUAGCAGUGUCAACGGCUCUUCAAUAGCCAUGCUUCCUUCGUAUGUCCCUGCUUUGCCAGAUGGUUCAGAGGAGGGUCAAUACGUAGCAAUCGACCUUUCUGGCAAGAAUUUACGUAUAAUGCUUCUCACACUUAGAGGUACUGGCCGUGAACCAACUGCGGUUAGUAAUAACUACAUUGUGCCUAACCAUGUUAUGAAAGGUACCGGAGACCAGCUGUUCACUUUCAUUGUUAACUGUUUGCAAAGGUUCUUGCAAGAGUUUGGGCUCGUUGAAGCAAAUCUUCCUAUCGGUUUCGUUUUCUCAUAUCCUUGUGAGUUGUUGUCGAUUCGAUCGGCUCGCCUAUUAUGGUGGACGAAAGGUUUCGAUAUCAAGGAUUGUCUUCAGAAAGACGUUGUUCAACUUUUGGAAGAAGCCUUGGAAAUGAACAUGUCAACUAAAGCACAAAUCAAAGCAGUGAUGAACGAUACCGUAGGCCAGUUAGCGGCAGCAGGUCAUAAGUAUGGUCCAGAAUGUACGAUUGGUGUGGUAAUAGGAUACGGGUGUAACUCAUCUUAUCUGGAGAAAACUUCUCGUAUCACCAAGUUCAACGCGGACGCUGUAGGUUACAAGCAUCCUAAUAUGGUUGUUGUUACGGAAUGGGAAGAGUUUGGAUCUAAGGUAAAAUUGACAUUAGCGUUUUGA